AUUAGAUAAGUAUUUUAGUAGUCAGCAAGCGAAACCUACUCGACUUUCAAAGACUACAGCAGAACCACGUGCAGUUUGCAACCUCUUGCUUCCUUCUAGUGGAGUAAAUAGUCUUUAGUUAUGUUUACACCACUUCACCUCAAGAUUUCAUCACAUAUUCAAUUAUAAAGCAAAGGGCUUUUUUCUCCCAAAAUGGACAAUCUAAUGGAAGAGGAGAAUCCAGAAAUGAAAUUAAGGAUUCAAUCCAGAUUGGGCGUAUGCGAGGUAUGUGCCAAUUCAAAUGCCAAAUACACAUGCCCCGCCUGUGAAGUGAAAACCUGUUCGCUGCCCUGUACAAAAAUCCACAAAAUUGAAUUGGACUGUAGUGGAAUAAGAAAUAAAGUAUUGUUUAAACCACUUAAAAAAUUAGGUGAUAUGGAUCUGCAUAGUGAUUAUUCAUUAUUAGAAGAAACCAACAGAAGUUUAGAAGUAAUAUCAAAAAGAUAUAAAUCUUUCAGUUAUAUCUCUCAUGGAGAAAAAGAACGUUGCAACAAACUUAUCAAUGAAGCUGCAUCAAGAAACGUGAGGCUCCAGUUAUUGCCGACCAAAUUCACAAAACAUAAGAAAAACUCGACUUACCUCAAUUGGAAAAGCAAUGAGCUGUUUUGGAUGGUCCAGUGGGUUUUUCCGGAAGCAGACAAUUUCACUGCUUUUGACAAUAGGGUAAAAGAUACGACAACUUUAAUAGAAGCUGUUUCUAAAUAUAUUGUUGAGGAUAAAGCUUCAGAAGAUGUUAGAGAAAAAUUGUCCAUUUACCACAAACUCGGCCAAGAAAUAAAGAUCCUUUUCAAAGCCGAAAAACUGCCAGGGGACAAGUUUUUCCUCAUGAACCCUCAGAAAUCAAUUUCUGACAACUUGAUGCACAAAAUUGUAGUUGAAUAUCCAGUAUUCCAUGUAAUACUUGGCGAUAAUGUUGGAAAAUAUGAGUUCGUUCAUUUAGUUUCUAAAAAAAAGGAAAAUAAAAAUCUCUUGAUGAAUUCAGAAGAAGAAAUGGAGGCUUAACUGUGAAGCUUUAAUGAUUGUGAUGACAAAAUCUAUCUGGACUUGAUUUUUUUUUUUUUUUUUUUUUUUUAAAUCUGUGUUAACUAUGUUAUUA